AUGGAUCGAAGCGCUGCACUCGGUGGUGGAUACGAAUACCGAAAACUCCUGAUCGCCUUCGCCCUGGUGGCCGUCGCCAGUGCAGAUGUCUCGCAUCUGUUCUCGCACAGCAACAACCUGCAGGAUGAUGGCUACCACUAUGGCCCACCCCACGCCCCCGUCGUCAUCGAUGUGCCCUACGUGCCACAUGAGUCUGCCCCACCGACGGUGGUCUACGAGGCCCCCAAGCCCAGGCCCACGCCCCCUCGUCCCGUCUACAAGCCCACGCCCGCUGGCGUCCUCAAGGACGAUGGCUACCACUACGGCGCUCCCUCCGUGAAGUUCGAGGUCAAGGCUCCUCCUCCACCACCACCAAAGGUUGAGUACCUGCCACCCCCACCCACCAAGAAGGUGUACGUUGCACCACCAGUGUACGUGCCACCCCCAACAAAGAAGGUUGUCUACACCCCACCCCCACCACCACCACCACCAGUGUACGUCCCUCCCCCAACCAAGAAGGUCGUUGUGUACACUCCACCCCCACCACCACCACCGAAGAAGGUCGUCUACACCCCACCCCCGACUGGCUCCCUGAAGGAAGAUGGCUACCACUAUGGUGCUCCCUCUGUGAAAUUCGAGGUGUCUGCUCCCCCACCAAAGGUUGAGUACUUGCCUCCUCCACCCACCAAGAAGGUGUACGUUGCACCACCACCAGUGUACGUGCCUCCCCCAACCAAGAAGGUCGUCUACACCCCACCCCCACCACCACCACCACCAGUGUACGUCCCUCCCCCAACCAAGAAGGUCGUCGUCUACACCCCACCCCCACCACCACCACCGAAGAAGGUCGUGUACACCCCACCCCCGACUGGCAUCCUGAAGGACGACGGUUACCACUACGGUGCUCCCUCCGUGAAGUUCGAGGUUAAGGCUCCUCCUCCACCACCACCACCACCAAAGGUGGAGUACCUGCCACCCCCACCCACCAAGAAGGUGUACGUCGCUCCCCCCGUGUACGUGCCACCCCCGACCAAGAAGGUCGUCGUUUACACCCCUCCCCCACCACCACCACCAGUCUACGUCCCUCCCCCAACCAAGAAGGUCGUGGUCUACACCCCACCCCCACCACCACCACCGACCAAGAAGGUGUACGUGGCCCCCAAGGUCGAGUACCUGCCCCCCGUCCAGAAGGGAUACAGCUACCCCAACGACCCCCAGCCCUCAUUCAACUAUUAG